AUGAAUCAAAGUAAUGAUGAAUUGGCGGAUUUGGCUGCUGGAGGUGGUUAUACGCCUUAUCUGGGUAGAUUAACAGCGGUUGCAUGUUUGUUAGGCUUACAAUUCGGUUGGGAUACAGGAAUCGCGGCUGGAAUGUUAGUUGCAAUAAGAGAUGAUCUUGGUCAUCCUCUUUCGGCAGGCGAACAAGAAGUGAUUGUAAGUUCGACUACCGUAGGCGCAAUCUUUGGAGCUUUAUGUGCUGGAAGGUUGAGUGAUUGGAUCGGUAGGAAAAAGGUUAUGGUCAUUGCUGGCGUUCUGUUUGCUAUUGGAUCGAUCGAACAAGCCGCAAGUCAAGUGGUACGUGAACUGGUCCUGGGAAGAUUUCUUGUUGGAGGUGGCGUUGGUAUGGCAUCAAUGAUCGUUCCUACCUACUUGGCAGAAUGUGCUCCACCUUCGAUACGAGGUAGAAUCAUUGCUAUUAACUCGAUUCUUAUCACCGGUGGUCAAGUGAUUGCUUAUUCCGUAGAUGCUGCCUUUUACUCUUUACCACACGGAUGGCGAUGGAUGGUAUUGGCUGGAGGCAUACCUGCAAUCAUUCAAUUGAUCGGACUAUUCUAUCUCGAUGAAUCUCCACGAUGGUUAAUUUCAAAAGGGAAACAUGUAAGAGCAAGACACGUUCUCACACGCAUUUAUCCACUUGCCAGCAAUCAAGCGAUUGAUCUGCACAUCACCAAGAUUGAAGAGAGCCUCAACCAAAGAUCCACUGUAUCGCAAGAUCGUAAUGUGCAAUCUGAUACAAGCAAAUCAAACGAUUUCCAAGCACAAUGGAAAUUGCUUUGGAGCGAAAAGUCGAACCGUAAAGCAUUAUUUCUUGCGUGUGGACUGCAAGCUGGGCAGCAAUUGAUCGGUGCGAAUUCGAUCUUGUACUACUCAUCACGAUUGCUUCUCAUGGCUGGCUUUAAUGCCAAUCCGAAUUUUGCAGCAAUUUGGGUAGCCUUGGCAAAUUUCAUCGGAACGGUGAUCGCACUUCGACUCGUUGAUAGUAUUGGCAGGAGAAAGCUUUUGCUCAGAGCGACAGCGGCAGCUACAGUCUCUUUGGCGUUCCUGGCCAUUUCUCUUGGUCAGAUCGAUACUGGAAGUGUGACAGAUCAGGCCGGUACACCCCCGCCAACGGCAAACCCAAGCGCUUGGGCUUAUAUCUCUCUGAUUGCGAUGGUGUUUUUCCUAUUCUUUUAUGCUCUCGGAAUCGGAAUCGUUCCUUGGCUUGUUCAAAGUGAGAUCUUUUCUGGUUCUGCUCGAGGCGUUGGAGGUGGACUUGCAACGGCGACGAAUUGGUCUAUGAAUUUGUUGACAAGUGCAACUUUCUUGGACCUCGUCAGGCUCAUCACACCGCAAGGAUCUUUUUGGCUUUACACAGUCGUUGGUGCUUUGACAUGGACGUUUGCUUAUACUUAUCUUCCGGAAUUGAAAGGCAUCUCUAUCAACGAUGUACAAGCUGCUCUAGACAGUGAUGACCCUUUCCGUUCUCAGGAUGGCGCCCGAGGUGACUAUGCUGCACUGAAUCGACAAGAUGAUAGGGACGAGGAAGACGAUGCUUUUGACGGUCGCGAGGACACAUCGCUAUAA